GAGCAAGAUGGCGCUGCGCUGGGUGGGUGUCCGGACGCCCAGGGCUCCGCUGCCGCCGUCGCCGCUGCUGCUGCUGCUGCUGCUGCUGCUCGGGCCCCGGCCCGCGGCGAGCCACGGCGGCAAGUACUCGCGGGAGAAGAACGAGCCGCCGCCGCCCGCGCCGCGCGAGCCUGGGGAGGAAUUCCGCAUGGAGAAGCUGAACCAGCUGUGGGAGAAGGCCCGGCGGCUGCAUCUCUCCCCCGUGAGGCUGGCUGAGCUGCACGCUGACCUGAAGAUGCAAGAAAGAGAUGAACUCAACUGGAAGAAGCUGAAGGUGGAAGGGCUGGAUGAGGACGGGGAGAAGGAGGCCCAGCUCAUCCGCAAUCUCAACGUCCUCCUGGCCAGGUACGGGCUGGACGGGAGGAAGGAUGCUCAGGCGGUACACAGCAAUGCGCUGGCCAAUGACGCCCAGGACGACGGGCUGGGCGACCCUCGGCUGGAGAAGCUGUGGCACAAGGCAAAGACCUCAGGGAAGUUCUCGACUGAAGAGUUGGACAAGCUGUGGCGGGAAUUCCUGCACCACAAAGACAAGGUCGACGAGUACAACGUGCUGCUGGACACGCUGAGCAGGACGGAAGAGGCCUACAACAAUGCCAUUGGCCCCGUGGACCUGAGCCACAAGGGCGACAUCCUGUCCAGCAAGCACAGUGAGCUCAAGGAGAAACUACGCAGCAUCAACCAGGGCCUGGACCGCCUGCGGAAGGUCAGCCACCAGGGCUACGGCCCCAGCGCAGAGUUCGAGGAGCCCCGGGUGAUUGACCUGUGGGACCUGGCCCAGACUGCCAACUUCACUGAGAAGGAGCUGGAGUCCUUCCGGGAGGAGCUCAAGCACUUCGAGGCCAAGAUUGAGAAGCACAACCACUACCAGAAGCAGCUGGAAAUCUCGCACGAGAAGCUGAGGCAUGUGGAACGUGUGGGCGACCAGGAGCACGUCAGCCGCAACAGGGAGAAGUACGCGCUGCUGGAGGAGAAGACCAAGGAGCUGGGCUACAAGGUGAGGAAACAUCUACAGGACCUGUCCAGCAGGGUCUCCAGGGCGCGGCACAACGAGCUCUGAGGCAGGCACUGCUGCUGGGGCCGUAGCAGAGGGCGCAGGCUCUCCUGGUGUCGUCUGUGUGGACGCCCUGCGAUGUGCCGGCCUGGGCACGGCACCACAUCCAAGAAGAGCCCUCCAUGUGCUCGUCACAUGCAUCUCAGACUGUGAACUGGUCCCACCUGAGGCUGAUGUGGUUCCUGUGCUCUGAAGCAGACAGUUGUCACCACCCCAUGGGGACCUUGAGGUCCAACUGCCAUUGAGUGUGAUAAUCCUCUGGACAGUGUGUGUCACAGCCCUGCAAUUUGCCACUGGAAAUGUUACAUAGAGCUUGUAAACACAUGACAGUCUCUGACCAUU